AAAGGAGACAUCUGCGGGGAAGCAGUUCGACACAGGACCGUUACCGUCACAGCUGAGCAGCGGUGCCGAGUUCAGACCUCCAGCACUGUGAACAUCACACUGAACACUGUAUACAAGAUAAAUACCUACUUCAGAGGAGAGAAGUAGCUAAACUUGUCACCUGCCCGGUUUAACUCGCAGUGUGUUGACUUAAAGCAGCUUUGGGUUAGCUAACUGCUCGUCAGCUAGCAUGCUGCUGUCUCAUCACAUCACACUUUUGGAUUAAUUUGAUCUCGUCAUGACCGAGUUAAGAUGUCGGAAGACAGAAACUUUGGAGGGAGAUAAAGAGGAGAAUGAGCAACCAGAUGAGCUGCAGACCACACCAGGUGUGAACACGGAGGAUGAGGGGAAUGUGGCCAGAGGUGAGGCAGAUGAUAAGCAGCUGAAAGAUGAAGGUGGAAAAGAGGGGGAAGCUCAACAUAAAGAGGAAGGGUCGAACAAAAACGAGCCAUCUGUCAAAAGAUCCAAGAGCUCGUCCACAUCGGGGUUUCUGCAGCGUCUGGUGAGGGUGUUCUUUGGAUGUCUGGCAGCAGUGGCUUGCGGGAUGCUUUAUGCCGGUUAUCUCUCUGCCUAUCAUGACAGGAAGUACUGGUUUUCAACUAGACAGGAUCUGGAGCGUGAAAUCACCUUCCAAGGAGGCAGCGGGCUCUAUUAUUACUACUACAAGCACAUGCUGACAGCAUCAUCUUUUGAAAGAGGCUUUUAUGAGCUGACGAUAGAUAACAAGACUGUUUCAGGUCAGACCAUCAACGCGGUGGAGCGUCUGUCUCUGUAUCCAGAGCUCAUUACAAGCUUCAUAUACAGAGUCACAGACAGCCAGGAUUUUGUGGAGCCAAUCUAUUUCUAUAUUGGAGCGGUUUUCGGCCUCCAGGCGGUCUACGUCACGGCCCUCUUUGUGUGUAGCUGGGUGAUGAGUGGCACUUGGGUGGCUGGCAUGUUGGCUGUGGCCUGGUAUGUUAUCAACAGACCAGAUACAACCAAAGUGGAUCAUGCCAUCCCACUGCGAGACAACUGGGCUCUGCCGUACUUUUCUUGUCAAGUAGCAGCUUUGACUGGAUUCCUGAGUAACAACAUCAGCUCUGCCACCGAGAUGUUUUGCUAUCUUACCAUGAGUGCCACCACCUUCACCUUCCUCCUGGUCUGGGAACACAGCCACUAUGUACUCUUCAUCCAAGGCCUCUGUCUUUUCCUGCUUGACUCUUUUGACCUGGUGCCGCCACGUAAGAUGGCUGACAUUCACAAGGUGUACCUCAGCUCCUUGUUCCUGGCCUACUUGUUUCAGUUUCAGAACCCGACCCUGCUCAGCUCGCCUCUGCUCAGCCUGCUGAUUGGCUCAGUGCUAGCGAGGUACUUCCAGCAAAAGAUGAAGAAGGGACCUCUUGUGGCCAGAGUAAUGAAGCUCUUCCUACAUUUCCACCUCGUCUUCACCACAGGGAUCACCUUCAGUUAUUUAGUCAAGAAACUUAUACCUGUAAGUGAAAGUGACUUCAUAUUGAAGUUCCUUGAAGUAAAAUUUGGGCUCAACACAACAACUGACUUUGUUACCAACUUCCUGCUGUGCCAAGAGAGUUUCCAGACACCCGGUCAGGACUUAUUUCUGCGACUCACGCAGGCCUCAGUCCUUCCCUUCUACCUCCUGGUUCUGUCUGUCUGCCUGCUGUCCACCCUGCAGACCAUUUACAGAAGACUCAGCGGCCAGCCAAUGAAAACCAACCUCAAACUAGAAGACGGACGAAUAGGAGAGCAGCCAGAGGUCAUCUAUCAUGUUUUUCACACACUGCUUUUUGGAGGCCUGGCUUUGCUGUUUGAUGGGAUGAAAUACUUAUGGACCCCGUACGUCUGCAUGUUUACGGCGUUCGGUGUUUGUUCUCCAGACAUCUGGAUGACUGUGUUUAAGUGGCUCAAACUGAGGUCCAUACACCCUGUUGUACUGUCUCUGAUCCUGAGCACAGCCGUUCCCACCAUCAUCGGUUUCAGUUUGUGGAGAGAGUACUGCCCUCGAGUCUUAGCGGAGUUGUCUGAUCUGCAGGAGUUCUACGACCCAGAUACAGUAGAGCUGGUCAGCUGGAUCAGGACGCAGGCUCCGGCAGCAGCUGUGUUCGCAGGCAGCCCUCAGCUACUGGGGACAGUCAAGUUGUGUUCAGGUUCGGCGGUGACCAGUUUACCGCUUUACUCGGACAUCAACCUGCUGAGGAGGACUGAAGAUACUUACCAGGUGUAUGCAAUGAGAUCUGCGGAGGACAUAUAUAAGAUUCUGACCUCUCAGAAGACAAACUAUGUGAUUGUCGAAGAGUCGAUUUGUAACGAGCUCAGUCACAAUAAGGGCUGCAAGAUCAAAGACCUGCUCGACAUCUCCAAUGGACACGUAGUUUAUGACAAAGGAGAGAUCUACUCCUUCUCGAAGCACGGGAGAUUCUGCCACGAGAUAAAGAUGAACUACUCGCCCUACACGAACUAUUUCACCAGAGUUUUCUGGAACCGCUCGUAUCACGUCUACAAAGUGAACUCCGUCAUCUCCUUUCAGUACUGACAGCAGCUUCCCCGCCUCCCCGCUGCUGAGACUUGACUUGAGCCCGUCUCCGCUCUCCUCCACAUCAUAUCCACGGUGUAACACAAAGCACUACAACAUGUGUGUUUGUGUGUUUAUGUGUGUGUGUGCUCAGAAAAAUGUCAAAUCACUGUUUGCUCUGUCAUCUGAAACGCUGCGGUGUGGACGGUGAAACUGCUAAUUUGAACCAACAGGGAUCUACUGAGCACAUCGUUUGAAAUCAACAGAAACGGACCCUGUUGCAGUUGAAAUAUGCCAUAUUAAUUAUUACCGUAAUGUACUGUACUGUAGUUUUAUAAGCCAUGCGUUACUGUUACUGUGAUGCAUUUAAUGAAGGGGGAGGUUAAUAUGUUGGUCUGCUUUGUACAGAGCAGCCGUUUUAGACUCAUGAUCUUUUGAUGACAACUUGUAUCAUCAUCUUGAGACAACAAAUAGGGCUCAUAUUAUCUCAUUAUGAUAAUGAUUUAGUUAUAAUGAUGAUGUCUUGACAUAAUUGUCUUCUGAUCCUAACUUAAAUGUCUCUUUAUCUUGGGAUAAUCAUGGUCUAUCAAGUUUAAUCACGGAGUCAUUGUUGUUGGCUUAAAGAGAUCAAACAUAGCAAAAAUACAAGAGGAUAACUUUAGUAGUGGUCUUACACAUAAUAUUAGUAUUACCGCCAUUUGUUAUCCUGAAAUAAUGUAAUAAUGAUGUCUUGAUCAGGAGAAAACAG